CAACGUAGCCUGUGACGUAAGACGUGAGUGAACAACGGUUCUACUAACGAACCGUGUCGAGUUCUCGUUUUAUCACUCGGUAUAUUCGGUGAAACUGAAAUACCUCGAGGAUCAUGCUAGUCAUAUCGAGAUAUUGAGCUUCCUUCGUCAUACUAAUCCUCGCUUUCGAUGCAAACACCUGCUUACGGUCAAAGAAACAUCGCGAGCGACUACUCUCUAGUUUCGAUCGGAAGGAAGUCUUAAACUCCAGUUUCAAUGGAAAAGAAGGACAGCCCGACAGCUUCGAAUCAAUUUAAACUUUUACCAAAAAUUAUAAAUGGCGGAAUCGCAGGUAUUAUCGGGGUCUCUGUCGUAUUCCCACUGGACUUGGUUAAAACACGAUUACAGAAUCAAGUUAUCGGGCCUAAUGGUGAACGAAUGUACAAAUCUAUGCUCGACUGUUUUAUGAAAACUUACAAGGAAGAGGGCUAUUUCGGCAUGUACAAAGGGUCUGCUGUAAAUAUUCUUCUAAUCACACCCGAGAAAGCGAUUAAGCUCACUGCCAAUGAUACUUUUCGACAUUACUUGUCUACCGGGCCUGGACAGAAACUCCCAAUAGAACGCGAGAUGCUUGCUGGUGGCAUGGCUGGAGCGUGUCAAAUUGUUGUCACCACUCCGAUGGAGUUACUCAAAAUUCAAAUGCAGGAUGCUGGUCGAGUAGCGGCAGCAGCAAAGAAAGCUGGGAAAACUGUGACAAAGGUGUCUGCCCUGUCUCUAACGAAAGAUCUCCUUCGAAAUAGAGGUAUUUUGGGACUUUACCAAGGCACUGGUGCGACAGCGCUUAGGGAUGUCACGUUUUCCGUUAUAUACUUCCCGUUGUUUGCUAGACUGAAUGACAUUGGGCCGAAGAGGGAGGAUGGAUCUUCUGUGUUUUGGUGUUCGUUUCUGGCUGGUUGUGCCGCUGGUUCCACAGCUGCGCUGAUGGUCAAUCCGUUCGAUGUAAUCAAAACUAGGUUGCAAAUAAUCAAGAAAGCUCCUGGUGAACCAACGUAUAACGGCGUGUUUGACUGUAUAAGUAAAACGAUGAGGAACGAAGGCCCUACGGCAUUCUUCAAAGGCGGAGCGUGCAGAAUGAUCGUGAUAGCACCCCUUUUCGGGAUCGCACAAACCGUUUACUACCUCGGUGUCGCAGAGAGGCUUUUGGGCCAUAAAUGAACGUAGCCCUCUACUCUUUUCUGCCGUCUUGAAUACUCUGGGAUUAAACUGACAAUAACUGGCGUUAUUAUAGAUGUAUUUUCGCUUAGUACGGUUCGCUAGUUGUCCAUUGUGUGUUUACCUGAUAAGUGGUCGAGUACGGUGGUGGUGCAGCAAUGUCAUCUUGCGUUGCGAUACUUGGAUCAGAGCUGCUUUUCAAUCUAGACGGUGCACCCAGAGCACCUGGUAAAGCUGGUGCCGGACUGAGUUCCAAGUCACUCUCCGGGGAGGAAGCAUAGGA